AUGGCUGUCAAAGGAUUAGGAGAAUUAGACCAACAAUACGAUGGUUCCAACUUAAGAAUCGGUAUUAUUCAUGCCAGAUGGAAUUCAAAGAUCAUUGAUGCAUUAGUCAAAGGUGCCGUCAAAAGAUUGACCGAAUUAAACGUCAAACCAGAAAACAUCAUCAUAGAAACCGUCCCCGGAUCUUUUGAAUUACCUUAUGGAUCUAAAUUAUUUGCUGAAAAACAAAAAAGAGCUGGGAAACCAUUAGAUGCAGUCAUUCCAAUUGGAGUCUUGAUCAAAGGAUCAACCAUGCAUUUCGAAUAUAUUUGUGAUUCAACUACUCAUCAAUUAAUGAAGUUGAAUUUUGAAUUGGGUAUACCUGUAAUCUUUGGGGUUUUGACUUGUCUUACUGAAGAACAAGCUGAAGCUAGAGCUGGUUUGAUUCCUGGAAAGAUGCAUAAUCAUGGUGAAGAUUGGGGUGCGGCUGCUGUGGAAAUGGCAACAAAGUUUAAUUAA